GUGCUCAUUAUAUAACAAACUGGAAUUAAAUACGGUACUUCUAAUAAUGACUUCUUCCAAUCAGUCCAAACUGGGUUCCCACUUAUACCCUAUGAUAUACAUCUCUGUAACGUAAAACUUUAUCCUUUCUGCUCGGCGCGUUGGCACAUUCUGUUCCUCCCACUAGAAUAUUUCCUGCACUUAUUCAAAUCAUACCUAUGACCACUGCAGAACUCCAGGCACGUGGCCGUUCCAUCGAAACCCCUGCGCUCAGAGAUUUGACCAAACUCUAGCACAGUUUUAGCAGCAUAAGGUCCUGUGCCCAGGACGACUGCCUCAGUAAGCUGAACCACGUGAUGUAACCAGCACAGAACUGAUAACAGGUCUCUGACAUCCCUUUCUUAGAACAUUUACUAAAGGGCCUACAAUUGUAAAUACUUAUUUCUUGCUACUCAGAAGUUCUCUCUCAAGGACCAGAGAGCCAUUCCCUGGAAAUGUAAUCAAGAAGGAUAAAAUCCUCCGUAGGAGGAUACAAUCCUGCGGUAACUGUUGAAACACACACACACAGCUGGCCUAAUCACAUUUACACUAACAACUCUGUAGGUUCACUUUCUCUACUGAGAGCCCGUGUAUCCCCUUUCUCCUUUUAAAAGGCCCCUUUAAAAAUGCCCAGGUCACCUCUGCACAAAUCGAAAUAGUGCUCAGCUCUUUCCUGUCAGUAGUUAACUGAACAAAUGUUUUCACCGCUUUAACGUCCAGCUGCGCUUAUUUUUGACCUCGACUACCUAAAGUCUACCUUUAGUCCCACGACUCUGACAAAACGAUCUCAAUAUGGGCGUAAAAUGACCUCCCCUUUCAAGGAUCUUCCAAAGCACUUCCUGUCUGAGGCAUACAAACUGUAUUGGCACGGAAUUUUACACUUACUGAGCUUUACAGACACCUCGUCACAUCCACACAUUCAGGACACACACUAGGUAUUCGGGUAAAAACAAAAAACAAACAAACAAAAACACAAAAAACUGGCUAAAUACCCAUUCCCCUCAAUAACUCGGAUGAGAGAUCUAAAAAGGGUCGACCUGCGGUACCUUUCUGUCCUCUCCCCUCUCGCUGUUUGCCUACACUGGCUUCCUUGCCUUCCCUUUUUCCCACGUUUAUGGAGCCAAAACAAGCACGGUUCAGCAGCCUCCUUCCCAGCCCUAACCCUGUGCUGCAAAAGCGAAAAUUCAAAGCCAAGAACAAUAGGAGACCGCCCACCCGGGCUCACUCGCGACACUAGGGGGAGCGAUACGGCUGCAGGAAAGGGGGAGCCUCGCGGCAGAGGCGGGAUUUCCGGGGUCACGGGAACCGGCAGGGGAACAGGAUAAAGUCCUUGGAGAAAGGAAAAGGAGCGUGGGAUAGUAAAGGCGGCGACGCGGAGAAGAGGAGGGGACAUACAGGAACGGAGGACAGGCGCGGAGGAGGUUCCCGGUGGGAGCAGAAACAAAGACACGCAAAGCGGAAGAGCGUGUGUAAGGUAGCGGAAAAGGAAGUCACCGCCGCGGCCUGCGGGGCUACGUGGUCGUAAAGAAAUGGCAAAAAGUCUUUUGAAGACAUCCUCUCUGUCUGGAAGGACAAAAUUGCUACAUCAAACAGGAUUGUCACUUUAUAGUACAUCCCAUGGAUUUUAUGAGGAAGAAGUGAAAAAAAAACUUCAGCAGUUUCCUGGUGGAUCCAUUGACCUUCAGAAAGAAGACAGUGGCAUUGGCAUUCUUACUCUGAACAAUCCAAGUAAAAUGAAUGCCUUCUCAGGUGUUAUGAUGCUACAACUUCUGGAAAAAGUAAUUGAAUUGGAAAAUUGGACAGAGGGGAAAGGCCUCAUUGUUCGUGGGGCAAAAAAUACUUUCUCUUCAGGAUCUGAUCUGAAUGCUGUGAAAUCACUAGGAACUCCGGAGGAUGGAAUGGCCGUAUGCAUGUUCAUGCAAAACACCUUAACAAGAUUUAUGAGACUUCCUUUAAUAAGUGUUGCGCUGGUUCAAGGUUGGGCAUUGGGUGGAGGAGCAGAAUUUACUACGGCAUGUGAUUUCAGGUUAAUGACUCCAGAGAGUAAGAUCAGAUUCGUCCACAAAGAGAUGGGCAUAAUACCAAGCUGGGGUGGCACCACCCGGCUAGUUGAAAUAAUUGGAAGUAGACAAGCUCUCAAAGUGCUGAGUGGGGCCCUUAAACUGGAUUCAAAAUACGCUCUACACAUAGGAAUGGCUGAAGAGGUCUUGCAGUCUUCAGAUGAAACUAAAUCUCUAGAAGAGGCACAAGAAUGGCUAAAGCAAUUCAUCCAAGGGCCACCGGAAGUAAUCAGAGCUUUGAAAAAAUCUGUUUGUUCAGGCAGAGAGCUAUAUUUGGAGGAAGCAUUACAGAAUGAAAGAGAUCUUUUAGGAACAGUUUGGGGUGGGCCUGCAAAUUUAGAGGCUAUUGCUAAGAAAGGAAAAUUUAAUAAAUAAUUGGUUUUUCGUGUGGAUGUACUCCAAGUAAAGCUCCAGUGACUAAUAUGUAUAAAUGUUAAAUGAUGUUAAAUAUGAACAUCAGAAUUACUUUGAAGGCUACUAUUAAUAUACAGACUUGUUUUUAAUCAUCUUUUGAAUAUCUGAACUCAUUUACCUCAUUUCUUGCCAGUUAUUCACUUGGGUAUUUACUGCAUAAUCUGGAACAUUUAGCUAAAAUACACACUUUUGGCUUAAAAAUUAUUGCUCUCAAUUCCAAUAAUAAUUCUUAGCUUAUAAGCAAAGAGCAGUGUUUAAAAGGAGAACUUCUGUACAAAACCUAUUCCUGGUGUUACUUUUCAUAAAAUUUUGUCUUACCUGUCUUACCUGGAAAUAAUUUACCAAAAUAAUGAGUAUUGCUAUUAAAGAGCAAAAGUGGGGAGGGAUCAGGGAACAAGAAAACAAGAAAGGAUAUGAUCAAUUAUUUUCUUCUGCUCCAAACAGCCGGAGUAAAAUUCAUGGGAAAUGGCCCUUAAUUUAAAAAAAGAUGUACCUCACUACCCACUACAAAUUUGGAACUUUAUUUGAUCUUUUCAAUAAUUAAGUUUUCUAUUAUAAAUUAUCUACUAAUUUAUAGUAGAUAAAUUUAUAGUAGAUAGUGGUAGCCAUGACAUGGAAAGUCAACUGAUUUUACAAAUUGAACAUUAAUUUGUGUGCCCUGGAAUUUCCAACUAGUAAUAAACAACUACUUUUGAUGUAGUUUUAAAAUUAAAACCACUCGAAGGGACUCAUGAAGCAUCUUGCAACAUAAAUUUGCAUUUUUACAUCAGAUUUAUUUUUUUUUACUGAGAAACAACUAACCUUUUAUAACUGUCUUUCAAAAGUAAACGUAAAAAUGCACAACAUAAAAUGUUUAUGAUCAUCCCAGAAAUACACUUUUUAAAAAAUGUGAAAGUCCAAGAAUGAAGUUCUAGUUCUGACUCAUCACAAGAGGUCAAAAGUAUUUGCUACUGUAACAUUCAAUUCACAUUUGAGAAUCAUGGUAAAAAUAACUUGCAUUUGCCUUAUACAUAAUCCUACUGUUGAGUUUGGAAAAUAUGGUUAGACAGACUCACGUUACUUUUUUCAGAGGUAAAUUCUAGAUUACUGUGUCAACCUAAUAUUUUCUAUUUGGCCAUAGAUGUAAAAUCUACCAAAUAAAAGUGGAUUUUGUGGUCUACAA